AUGUUGACGGCGGAAAGCACCCACUCAACCCACCCGACAUGCACCUCCCCGCCCGCCCGCCUCGCCGCCCUCGCCGCAGGGACCCUAGCCCUAGCCCUCCCGCAGCAGCGGCGGCAGGGCCAUCUCGGCGCGCGCCAGGCCGCCUGCGCCGAGCUCUCGAGCGGGGGCUCCUUCGCAUGGGAGAUGCGGGACUUUUCGUACCGCGCCUUCUGGAUCUUCCAGAACCCGGCCCAGCAGUGGGCCCGGGGCGAGCUCGGCUUCACGCUCGCCAACCCGGCCACGGGCCGCGAGGCCGCCUGCAGCGCCACCAGCAGCCAGCUGUCCGACUUCUUCUACGGCACCGUCACCUACAGCUGCGACGUGCCCGACGUGGAGGGGCAGCCGCCGCCGACGUUUAGGUUCAACGGGUACGGGCUAUGGCGCCUGCAGGUGAACGAGACGUGGGCCUGCUCCCCGGGAGGCUUGCCCGCACAGCUGUCGUGA